UGCCCACGAGAGAAGAUCCAAGCCUAUUAAAAUUGCAUUUCUUCUCUUCUUGUUCCCCAUGAGGAUGACUAAAGAGGCCAUAUCUCUGCACUCCCUGAACGAGACAUUAAACAGGUCACAAAGGAUUGUAUGUGUUAGUACUACAAGGAGGAACAAGUCAAGGCUCCAUUGUGCUGGGAAGGGGGUAUAGCAAGAUUGGGCAAGGGAAGAAACUAACUACCAGAGUGACAGGGUGGAAAACAGGCUGCAGACAGUGGAGACUCAGUUCAAAGAGCUGAACUCUGCCAUGGAGAAACUGACACAGAAACUGCAGUUUCAGGAUAAAACCCUGGAGAAGCAGAUGGGCGAGGAUGAGUUGUGGAUAUCCUUGCUGGAGGGCAGGUUCACUUCAGUGGAGAUAAAUCUUUUCUACAGCUAUGUCAGUGAAAUGCUUUGCUGCUUGCAUUCCUGUGUCAGAGUGAAGCUGCCAGAUCUGGCGGGAAGCCUCCCCACAUUAGCCUCUGUCAUGAGGCGCAAAGGCAAGAACCAGAGAAUUAGACUGGUGUGGGAAGCAGUGCUGGAGAUGCUGGGGCUGCAAGAAGGAGAUAUCUUAGCUCUAUGCACCUUUUUCAUCAUACAUUGCUCUGAAGCACAGUAUUACCCAGCUAACCAGAGGCAAAAGUACACCAGUGAUAUCAGCACGAUGAUAACCAAGGUGGUGAAGAACCAGAUCCUUCGAGAGAGCCUGCUGUGUGCUGUCCAGGUGGUAGAGAAUGGCAGAGCACAGAGGGAUCCAAAAAAGAUAAUAACCCUUGUCCAAAAAUAACUUAUGUGGCAGAUUUCUUAAACUCCCUUACCCACUUAGGACAAACAAGCUUACAACCUAAACAGGUUCCUACAUAAAGACGCAAUUACAUACCUGUGCAUGUGUAUAUCAACACACAGAUCCAUAUGUACAAAUGCUCUCAACCAUGACACACUAAAGUGUAUCAUGAGUCUGAAAAGCCAGGCAGAUUCCCAGAAUUAAUACAGCAGUCAUAUAAGAUUUUCAUCACCAUCAUGUACACGCGUACAUGCAAAUGUGUAGCCAGAGGCUGCUGGGAGGGACACACAGAUUCUUCUGUUUCUUAGCUAAAAUAUUUUGACACUUGCAUAAUGCUGAAGAGUUAAAAUGCCAACAUUUUCCAGCAUAAAAUCUGCUUUGCUGUACUUUGUAUUCUCAUUGCAUGUCUAUGAAAGCUGUAAACUGUAGUAUGAAACUUAAA